GGAGGCGAAAUUGCCGAAUCUUGAUCGCUUCAUGCAUGUCCCCCGGGGGAGCCACGUGGAGUACGUAAUUGAUAAUGAACUGACACGUUACGUCAAACGUGGAGAAGUUAGGAACAGUAUAAGAAACCACGCAAGAAGAAUUAAUCAAAGCCAUCCAUUUAUUGAAUAGACAUAGCUAGCGGAAGUUCACAAAUCGAAACAGAUCGAGAAGAAAGAAAAAGGAUAAUGGAGAAGCAGCAGGAGCAGAGGGAGAGAAAACCAGAGAAUGAAGAGAAGGAUAAGUUAGAAGGGCUUCCUUGGGAGGAAAGCCCCUACGUGAAGUACAAUGACCUAGAAGAUUACAAGCGUCAAGGCUAUGGUACGGAAGGGCAUCUCCAGCCGAAGCCCGGUCGAGGUGCUGGCUCCACCGAUGCCCCCACUCUCUCUGGUGGCACCGCUGUCUCCUCCCAGGCACCUGACGCUGCUGCCACUCGUGCCAUGAACCGCCCCUAACUUAAAAUAUUUGUGAAAUGCGGGUAUAAGAGUGAUGUGGAAGUUGUUUGGAAAAGAAAACGUUUGUUUACUUUUAGAAAAUAAUGUUUGUAAUUGAAGUGUAGUGGCGACCGUUAAAAAAAAGAGUUUGUCAUGGGGCGACUUGUUUCGAUGUGACAAAAGCUUUUGGUUACGAAAAAAAAACUUGUAACGUUUAACAUUUUCUUGUUUACCCACAUAGCCAUAAUAUUUAUACUUUUGGAAGUUUUCAUUCUC